UAUAGCUGUCGAAAGUGCCGUCGCUUACUUUUCGGAGAAAAAGAUCUACAGGAUCCUCAGCACUUGCCGGCCAAGCACCAAUUCUCGGCGAGGAAAAUGACGCAUUCCAAGCAAGUUUGGGCAAGUUGUCAAUCUUUCUUUUUACAAGGUGGUUUGUCCUGGAUGACAAAUGUGAACGAAACAGUGGAAGGAAAGUUCGGUUGCCCCAAAUGUGAUACAAAGAUAGGAACGUGGAAUUGGUCAGGCGCUCAAUGCAGUUGCGGUACCUGGGUUGUACCGGCUAUACAAGUACCUCGAAGCAAAGUCGAU